CGUUCGGCUUUCUUCGUCGCUUAGUAUUUCGCCAUUUCGGAGACCGCUCGAACGGGAAGGCAACGAUUGGAAGGAGGGAGGGGCAGAUGGAGAGGAAGCCGUCCGACUCUCCCAAUUUAAUGCGUCAUUCGGCCGGAGCCGCCAGUGCCGCCUCGACCCCCGGCCGACGGUGGGCGCAGAUCGCAGAAGAGAAGCCGAAGCCGAAGCUGGCAGCCCGGGUCACGGAGGCGGCCGGGGAGACGGUGGCGGAGUGCGCGGCAGUAUUAUGCUGCUGCCCCUGCGGCCUGGCGAACCUCUUCUUCGUGGCGGCUGUCAAGCUGCCGGCGGGGCUUGUCCGGCGGGCCCUGCGAUUGAGACGGAAGCGUCGCGCCGGCUACGGAAAGGUGAAAGCCGGGAUCUUGCGGACCAGAGUCGGCUCCUUUGACGACGACGACUUCAGUAUUCACCACGGGACAUUUUUUAUGGCAAUGGGGGCCAAAGAGGUAUGGCCAGCGAAGGCGGUGUCGCCAGAGCUGUUGCAGUUGGAGAAGGAGAUGACAGCGAGAUUCUACAGCACUGGGUUUUGGCGGAGCCCUUCACAAAAGGAGUAAAGGGAACAUGGCACCCCGGUCCCGGAGGGGAAAUGUCAAAGGUGAGAACUUUGCCCCUCUUGGAUCUUAAAGGGGAGAAAAAGCGGUUGCUUCCGAUUGUUCUGCCCCGGUGCAUCUCACAGAGAGAUUAUAAUCCAUUUACAUGAUCAAUUUGUUGUUGUAAAGCACACUGGAUGAAAUGAUAUAAACAAUGGGUUUAAUUUCA